ACGGUUGCCGCUUCCCAUAAGAUGUGAAGCGCUUUGGCUGCGUGUGUGAUGGCGGUAUUCCUAAUCAACAAUUGCAAAUUCAAUGGUUGCGGCCUGACGUUCCCCACACUGCGAGAGCUCAUUUUGCACAUCGAAGACACGCACAUAGAUAACGACCCAAGACUACUAGAAAAGCAAGAACUGCAGCCACCGUCGUGCCUUCCUGUCAGCUGCGUUCUUAGGGUCUUCACGGAAGCUUCACGUGUGGAACCACUCGGGGCGAUCCGCAAGAGACAGCGGACGCUGUCGCCAGCGUCGUCGAUUUGCAGCAAUACGCCAACAGGAAGCGAGAUGGACGAAGAGGAGAUGAGUAGUGAAUCUGACGACAGCAAUGAUUCGUGGACAACGCAGAACGAGUUCAUCUCGGAGUUCAUUAUGAGGAUGAUGAGCAGUGCAGGAUCGACGGAAGAGAAGCCGUUUGCCUGCCCUGUUCCGGGCUGCAAGAAGCGCUACAAGAAUGUCAACGGCAUCAAGUACCAUGCCAAGAAUGGGCACAAGAAAGAAGCCAAAGUCAAGAAAGGGCACCGCUGCCACUGUGGCAAGAGCUACAAGACUGCCCAGGGCCUGAGGACACAUUCGCUAUCCCAACACUCGGGCGAGUCCUCCCAGCCGGCCAGGUUCUCGGAUUUCGCUUCGGGGCUAGGCGCCAGUGGUGGCGGAGGGGGCCACAUGCCGACGUCACGACUGCACGCCGGCCCUCUCCCCGUCGUGUCCCCAACCCUGCAACAGCACCUGCUGAGCCCUCUGGUCAUAAGGCCGGCCGUCACGUCAAGCUUUGCCUCGAUCGGCGCGGAAGGUUGACAGCGUGCCCUCUUCUUCCCCCUUGGUGAAACCGCAACAAAGCUCUGUGCCUCGGUGCACGCAUCUUUUUGUGGCAAAUGAACUGACGAUCCGCAAGGCACAGCAUUGGGUGGGAGGCUUUCUGCCGACCUAAUGCCUCUCCGUGGUCGAGUUGAGUUGCUUUGGGUGUUUUUCUCUGUUCUCCCCAUGUUCAGUUUUGACGCCAUGGAUUUUGACUUGCCACAACGUUUGAGAACUCAGUGAAAGAUCAUGUGUAUCGUUGCAAAAUUGGGUGGGGGAUGAUUUUUUUUUCUCUGUAGAACAAAAGAACUGUGCGUUUAUGCUGUUGACCUUUCAACAGCAACUAUGGGGGCAGGAUGUUAUGUGCUCUCAAGGCUGGAAUUAUAUUCUAAUCCACGUAGAAUGGGCUCACUAGAUUGUUCUUUUUUUUUCUUGGUUUUGAUAAGCUUUUCAUCUAGUUACUUUGAGUGGCACAAGACAGUUUGUAACGGUACUGAAGGUACCACUAUUGCUAAGUGAGCAGCUCCUGCCUCAAAGACCUUCUUGUCAUGUUUUUUUGUCCCUUAAUAGUACCUUAAUUAAGAAAAUAAACGGGUAAUGUCUCGAGAA